AUAGUUAACAUGUCGGCUAGCGGCUACAGAAUGGCGUCAGCGAGCGUUAGCUACAGAAGCUAACCAGGAAGUUAUUAGAAAUCGUUGAUUGCCGGAAAAGCAUAAACGUUUGUUGUCAUAUGAAGUUAUUUUUUGACCACUGUUGGACUAACGUACCCAUAAUAGCAAUUUCGUUAUAUUUUUAACCAUUUAUAUAUUGUCACGUUGCCAAUAACUCGUUUAAAAAAUAGAGAACAGCGGAACGGUAGCCUAUCCUGGGCUGGUGGGUGGGUUUACGGGGCGUAGUGGGUCUGGAAUCUUUAAAUAUCCAUAAGGGACGGAACGGAGAGGGCCCAUCCCUUUCGGAGAUGGCGAUGAAUGUAGCUGUGAAUGUAGAUCUGAAAGCAGGGCAUUCAUAUUACUGCUUUGAGCUGCUGGCUUGGCUCAAUGAAACAUUACAGACAGGCUUCACCAAGGUGGAGCAGGUAUGCACAGGUGCAGCCUAUUGCCAGCUGAUGGACUGCUUAUUUCCAGGAUCUCUGGACCUUUCCAGGAUCCGGUUCCAAAGCAACCAAACAGUGGACUAUAUACACAACUACAGUUUAUUGCAUUCUGCAUUCAGAAAAGUUGGAGUGGUGCAACACAUCCCCACUGCGGCGUUGAUGAAGGGGAACCCUAAACAGGCUUUGGCUUUCCUGCAGUGGUUUAAGCUGUUUUUUGAUAAGAACAACAGCGGCAGGGAGUAUCAUGCCUUAGAGGCCAGAGGGGGACAGAGUAUGGCUCCUGCUGACACAGUUACAGAUGGCCUUUCCUCCCAGACCCCUCCUCAGAAACUGGAGAUUAUUGUGAAGAUGGGGGGUAAAACAGUGGAAGAACCGAGGAAAGAGAGAGAGACUGUGAACAGGGAUGAAGAUGUGAUAAUAAUGAUAUCUGAUGAUGAGGAUGAUGUGGUGGAUGUGACAAAGGAGCGGAAAACAGAGACAAUGGAGAUAACAGUGAAAGAAAAUUGUGCACAAGAACAGGAGAUAAAGAGAGUAGAGCAAACAGGGGCAGCAGUGGACAGGGAAGCCAAGCAUGGCAGUCAUACUUUAUUGCGCUUCUUCAGAAAAUACUGUUGUGAAGAUGUGGAUGCAGACUCGGCCCUCAGUAUACAUAAUGAUAUUUCUGGCUCUUUAGUUUCUUACAUCCAGAACCCAUCCCAUCAAAAAGACAUCAUCCAGGCCUGCUCACACACACCAUACUGCCUCUACCUGUACAGGGGCGUAGAUCUGGGUGGAGGACAGAGCACAAGCGUCGUCCUGAUUGGCUACUUUGACCAGAACUCAGGGGUCAGUGUGGUGAGGCUGCUGCACACUCUGCAGAUGAGUGCUGAUGCACAUACCUCGGCGGACAUGGACAUGGACAGUUUGACAGUCACACACACAGCAGAGUCUGAUGCACACCUUCUGAUUGAGACACUGAAGAAAACUGGCCUUUCUCUGUCCAACCUCGCUGUGUUUUACUGUAAUGCUCCACACCCAGAGGGGAGCAAGGUGUUUGUUUCCCAGCUCCAGGCUUUCAACCCAAGGUUAGUGUCGCUUUGCGGCCUCCGUGAGAUGGCAGGAAGAGCCUGCCAGAGUGGACUCCUUGCUUCUUUUAGUGGUGUGGUUGACCUGGUCAGAGACAUCCACCAACACUACUCCACCUCCCCCUCUGUCAAUGACAGUCUGAAAAUGCUAUUUGCCGGUGACUCUUAUAACCCCUCCCAUCCUAUCUCUGCACAGUGUUUAUUUAUUAUCAGUAGUGUGCAGAAGAUGGUCAGCAGUUGGAGGGAUUUAGUGGAUUAUUUUAAGUCACUGAGGCAAACAGAAGAUGCUGACCGGAUCAGAACCCAGCUGAUGGAUUAUAAAGUUAAACUGCACUUCCUCUUCCUCUCCCACAUGUUGGAGCCCCUUCGAGCUCUUCAAGAACUGCAGGACUACAACACAGCAGAAGUGACUGUGGAGCUUCAGCUGACCUCCAUGUUGAUUCACAAUUUUGCAGCCAACAUCUUCCGUCCCUCCGUCGCAGAGCGAUUUGUCAGGAGACGAGACCUGCAUCUCCUCCACAAGAUGAACGAGCUGCUCCCAGCGACAGAGGUGAACAUCGGUCCCAGUGCCAGAGACUUCCUGUGGGCCACCGCUGUCGUGGAUCUUGGGGAACAGGAGAGGAGCGACUUCCAGAAGAGUGCAGUGGCUUUCCACAAAGCAGCACUGCAGAGUUUGGUGCAGAGUGUUCCUGAGCAACUUGGAGAUGUGGCACUGAGGAAUAUCGCCACCGUGCUUAAACGUCCUAAAGAUCUCAAUGAUAAUCAGUUGACCACAAAUGUGCUGUCAGAACUGGGGGUUCAGCUGGGUCUGUGUGAUGCUGGGUCUCUAGAAGCACAACAGCUGACUAAUGACUACCUCAGCUUCACUAAGACAUUGAAUGAGGAACAGAGCAGAACAGACGGUCAUUGUUGGGCAAAGGUGUUGCGUGGCAUGAGGCCGCACUCUACUCUGCAUAGACUCCUCCUGACCCUCCUGGCUCUGCCGCGGUCUCUGUGCAGGACACAGGUGUUUGCUAAGUUCAACAGCACCCAGGCUCUUCUUGCUAGCAAGGAAACCACCAGAGCCACACCUAAACCACACAGGUGGGCAGGAAGACCCCACAUCCGCAGAAGGAAACUACCUGUGAGGCGAGCUUAUGGUGGCAAGAAGAAAGAAGAGGAGGAUGGAGAGAGUUCGUCAGAGGAUGGUGAUUGUUUUGUGUCCAAACCCAGUCGACACAUCUCUCCCAAACGUUACGUCGGUAUAGAGGACUCAGACUACACAGAUAAUUCCUCUGAUGUGGUUGAUAUCACAGAAGAGUCCAGAAUAUCUCGGACCAACAGACUAAUUAAGUCAGAAACUCAGGGAAGUCCACAGGUACAGUCUGUAGUCAUCUGGGGCAGCAAUGAUGAUGAUGACGAGGAUGACACGGUUUCGCCAAGCACGCCGUCCAACUCCGCUGGAUUGCAAGUGAAGUCUGCGGAUUCAGAGGGGGAGCUGGUCUGGGGUAGGGUGGAGGGCUUUUCUCCUUGGCCAGCCAUCAUUGUACCCUGUACAGGAAAGAAUCAGAUUCCAGGGAAGAGGAUAGUGGAUUGGUACGGACAGAGAAUGUGCUCUCAGGUCAGAUUGCAGGAUAUGAAACCAUUUGCUGACUUUGCCCAGUACUUCUGCACCAACUCCUUCGCCACCUUUGCCACCUACCAAGAAGCCAUUUUCUUGUCGCUGGAGGAGGCAGCACUUCGUUGUCAGAAACAGUUUUCUGCGUCUCUUGAGGACAGAGAUGAGCUGCUGAAGCAGAUGUUAGACUGGGCCUUAGGAGGCUUCCAACCCACUGGGCCAGACGGACUGAAACCAACAGCCUCCAGAAACGGUGUUAUUAAAACAAGCAACAGGCCGAAGGUGCAGAAGAAGCUCUUCCUGAAAGCGCCCUCUUCUCCUCACUCCAACUCCUCCACCCCUGUGAGCAGCAAGAGCAGUGUCAGUGCUGAGAUGAAGGAAGUGACCGUCUCCUUGAGCAGACUGUCGUCCAACUCCAUAGAGAAGUCUUCCCACAAAGGUGGAGAUGGAAAAACUGCAUGGGAAGGAGGUUUUGAUUUUGUGGGGAAAAGCCCCAAAGGAGCCGUGAAGGAGAAGGGAUCCAGAGGAGGGUGGUCAGCUGAGAAACAAGGGAAGCGAGGAUGGGAUGGAGAGAAAGACGACUGGGGAGGAGGAUGGGAGAAAGUGAAAGGAGGAUGGGGUAGAGGAAGGGGUAGGGGAGGAUGGAAAGGAGGGAAAGGUCAGAGGAAGAAAAGCGGUCUGAUGGAUGGGUUUGAUGAUGACAUGUCACCAGACUUUGUGCUGCACAAAAAGAGGACCGUCACCAAAACCUACAACAAGGUCAACGUGUCGAGCAGCACAUACACCCAACCAGACCAGAGACUCAGAGAGGAGACCAUUUGUAGAAUCAUGGACAGGAAACUGGACAUUGAAGGCUUCUGUUUGUGUUGUGGAACUGAAAACGUCGAGAUAUCCCACCCUCUGUUUAAAGGCAGCCUCUGCUUGAAGUGUAAAGAUAACUUUACUGAGACUCUGUAUCGUUAUGAUGAAGAUGGAUAUCAGUCCUACUGCACCAUCUGCUGCUAUGGACUGGAGGUCAUACUGUGUGGCAAUGAUAGUUGCUGCAGGUCUUUCUGUGAUGACUGCCUGAACAUCCUCGUCGGUCCAGGGACGUUUGAUGCACUGACACAGGUGGACCCGUGGAUCUGCUACCUGUGUCAGCCUCACCGGCCUCACGGUGCUCUGGUUCCCAGGGAGGACUGGAGCAUUCGAGUCCAGGAGCUUUUCGCCAACAACAGCGCCAUGGAGUUUGAGCCUCACCGUGUCUACCCGUCCAUCCCUGCCAACCUGCGCAGACCGGUUCGAGUUCUCUCACUGUUUGAUGGCAUAGCAACAGGCUACCUGGUGCUGAAGGAACUUGGCUUCAAAGUUGAGACAUACGUUGCCUCUGAGAUUUGUGAGGACUCGAUUGCCGUGGCUGCUGUCAACCAUGAUGGGAAGAUCAUCCAUGUUGGUGACACACGUCUCAUCACCCACGAUCACAUCAAGGAGUGGGGUCCGUUUGAUCUGCUGAUCGGUGGCAGCCCCUGUAACGACCUCUCCAUCGUCAACCCGCUCAGAAAAGGCCUCUAUGAGGGCACCGGCAGACUCUUCUUUGAGUACUAUCGCAUCCUUCAGCUGCUGAAGCCUAAAGAGGGAGACCCCAGGCCGUUCUUCUGGCUGUUUGAGAACGUGGUCUUCAUGAACACACACGAUAAAGUCAACAUCUGCCGCUUCCUCGAGUGCAACCCGGUGCUGGUGGAUGCAGUCAAAGUCAGCCCGGCCCACAGAGCUCGUUACUUCUGGGGAAACAUCCCAGGCAUGAGCAGGCCCAUCAUAGCCUCCCAGAAUGACAAGCUGAAUCUCCAGGACUGUUUGGAGAUUGGUAGAGAGGCCAGGGUCACUAAGGUGAGGACGAUCACCACCAAUCCUAACUCUCUGAAGCAGGGCAAAGAUGUGUCUCUGCUGCCCGUCCUCCAGAACGGCAAAGAAGACAUCCUCUGGAUCACUGAACUAGAAAAAAUCUUUGGUUUCCCCAAACAUUACACUGACGUGAGGAACAUGAACCGGCAGCAGAGGCAGAAGGUGCUGGGGAAGGCGUGGAGCGUGCCGGUCAUCCGUCACCUCUUCGCUCCCCUCAAAGACUAUUUUGCCUGUGAGGAGCUUUUAACCACAUCAUCGACCACCUCCACGUCUAACUCCUCCACCUCCCUGUCCUCCCCUGCCUCUCCAGAACUGCAGCAGCUGAGAUAGGGGGGGCUGAUUAUGUUUUAUGUGUGUGUGCAGAGGGUUUUUCCCUCCAUAUGGGAUAAAGGAACUAGACGGAGCAUAAAUAGUCUCUCCAGUCAGUUGUUUUCAGCUCACAGACAAGCUUUUGUGGAUCACUGCCGCUGGGCCAUUUUGUCCGCUGUGCCCUCAAGUCACACAUGUAGUCUCUGUGCUUAUCAGUCACUUCAGCCGCCAAAGCCACUCUUUGUCUUGGACAGAAAAUGGCAGAUUGUGCUCCCUCCAGUUCUUGGCUUAACACUUUUUCUCCCAUAUGCUCAGUGACUGUCAGCGGCCUUAGCCAGCAACAACGUUGUUCAGCACUGGGAAAUUAUUCAACAUAAUACCUCCAAUUUUUGAAGACUGUGAACCCAAUAUUGAAUGUUUAUAUUUUAUACUUUUUUAUGAUGAAUAAUCAUAGACCACUGAGGCACAUGUCCUGACUGAUUCUUGUAUAAAAUGCUAAUGCAGGGUGCUGUGACCUGUCCUGACCGAUGAUUGUAUCAUGAACAUGGGUUUUGAGAACUGUUUUUAGGUGGGUGGGGGAUGUAAGUUAUCUGUCCAGUAUUUUUGCACAUAACACAAGGGGAAUAUAUGCAGAGGUAUGAAGGUAUGAAUGACAGCGUCUGUCAUGAGCAUCCUCCCUGUACUGGACCAGACACUCUUGUUAACUGAGAGUUUGUUUUUUACAUGUGUAAAUGUUUAACCAUAAUGGUGCUGUGUGUGUAAGCCAUUCAAUCUGUUGUUAAUGCAUAUUGUAUAUUUGGGUAAUUAAUUGCAUGGAGAUAAGGAGUUUUUACUUGAGAUUAUUGACAAAACCAAUAGGAGAAAUAUUAAUUAAAACAAAUUUCA